AUGGAAUUAAAGGAGAUUUUCAAUAAAAAUUACUCUUUUAUCCUUGUGGGGUUCUCAGACCUUCCUGAACUGCAUUACCCUCUGCUUGUGAGCUUCUAUCUUGUUUAUGUUCUAACUCUAAUAGGAAACACGGUUAUUGUAGCUGUUGUGUUAAUGAAUAACCCCCUGCACAGCCCCAUGUAUUACUUCCUGUGCAACCUGGCGUUUCUGGAUAUCUGCUACACCACAACCACCCUUCCCAAGCUCAUCCAGCUGCACUCGGAGCAAGAUGGAACCAUUUGUUUUGCUUCCUGCCUGUUGCAGCAGUACUUUUACAUCUCGUUUGCUGUUUCUGAAUAUUUCCUUCUGGCUGCUAUGGCUUAUGACAGAUACGUAGCCAUCUGCAAACCUCUGCACUACUCGGUGCUCAUGAGUCGGAAGGUUUGUGUCCUACUGGCCAAAGGUUGUUGGGUGAUAGGGUUUGUAAGUUCUUCGGUGCCCAUAUCCUUCUCCUCUGGCUUUCAGUUUUGUCGUUCAAAAAUGAUCAACCAUUUCUUCUGUGACCUGACGGCACUGCUGAAACUAGCCUGCAAUAAGAUCUCGGAUAUUCAAGUAGUGAUCUUCACAGAGAGCAUUACAUUGGCCCUUCUGCCAUUUUUGUUCACCUUGGCUUCAUAUGCAACUAUUGUGCAUACCAUACUGGGCAUCCAUUCUGAGACUGGGAGAAGCAAAGCCUUUUCUACAUGUGCAUCGCACCUUACAGUAGUCGGUCUGUUCUAUGGGACCAUGAUUGGGGUCUACAUGCGCCCCAGCUCCAUGUAUUUCCCAGCCCAUGACAAGCUUUUUGCAUUACUCUACACAGCUGUCAUUCCAAUGCUAAACCCUAUCAUCUACACCUUAAGGAACACUGAGGUGACAGAUGUCCUUAGGAAAACAGUAACCGUAUAUUUACUAAGGUGGCACAUUGGACUGAGAGAACAUAUUAGUGAAUUUGCCAUUGUCUUUUGCCACUUCUUAUCAAAAGCUUUGAGAAAAAAUUUAGCAUCGUUACAAAAUGCCUGCUGUAGGCCAAAGAAAGAUCCAAAGGGAUUCAAUGUGCAAUAA